CAUCUGAAACGUCGCGAUAAAUUCUAAAAUCAGUAGUUUUCAUCAUCGAUAGUGACAUCAAUGGUUUUACGCCCCGAAAAGAUGUAAGUGGUAAGAAAACAAAAAAAAUAAUAAUAAACAUGCAAUUCUUUCGGUGAGGAAAAAAAAUUUGGUGAAUCGGUCGCACCAUAAGAAUCGUCAUGUUGCGAGCUUCGAGGUCAACCGGAAAUGCCCAAGAGGCUAUGAAGCCUCGGGGCAUAAACCGAAGUACCCUCUUCCGUGCACGAGAUACUUAUUCAGGCUCUAGGAGACCCGGUACUCGAAUAACCUCCAGAGGCAGCACUAUCCGGGACGACAGGAGCGAGUCUGUCAGCGCCAAUACACAAUCUCGGCGAAAAGAGAAGAACCGUAUAAGCCAAAUGAACGGAAAUGAGGCUGCGAAAGUACUUGAGAAAAGCGAGUCAAAAAUUUAUUUGGAAAGUCGGCAAGUACUGGAGGACUUUGAGGGCCUCCGUUCCUGGGAAUGGAAAGUUGACGAGAGCCUAAAGACAAGCAUCGCUAUGGAAAAGCUGAAAACCCUUGGACGAGAACGAACCCUCAUUUUCAGCGAACUCAAAUCAGACCUCGAAAAAAUGCUUCAUGCUGUACGCCAUAUGAAAAAUCUACGAUCGAGUUAACGCUCCACUGUGUUUUGCGUGGAGAAAAAAAACCAAGAAAAUCAAGACCAAUAAAAUAAAUAAAAAUAUUAUACUCUCGUGCUAUCGAGUCUGCCAUCGAA